AUACAACAUUGGUGGGGAUUAGGCUCUAAAAAGGUUGUGUUUAUAAAAAUGUGUCUGCAGCCAUUAACAUUACUAGAAAAAGCACAAUCAAAAUCCACUCAUUUAAAUUAUGUUGCUUUCACCCGUCAGAUUGUGAGUGACUCUCUAUCCCCUUAUGAGUAAAGAGCUGAUUAUAAAAACUCUGUAUUAAAACACCUUAAGCCUUUUUAAUCUACAGAUCCUCUUUGGGGUCCCUAAGCCCCUGGCUUUAUAAAGAGGGUCCGUUGCCCUUUCAGAUAGGUCACCUGCUUUGUCUUUGCAGGUGUAUGUUUUUCAUCCCCUUGAAGAGAAAUGCAGGUUUCAAACACUUCUCAGGCUCCUGUGCAACACGGAACUCCCAGUGCCUUUGAUGGUCCACAGUGGCCUCACCUGGCUCCCAGAAGCAUCUACACAUCGGUGGCUGUGCUCAUGGGCAUCGUAGUGUUUUCUGCCUCCUUUGUGAACGGUUUGGUCAUUGUAGUUUCCAUCAGGUACAAGAAACUCAGAUCCCCACUGAACUACAUCCUGGUGAAUCUGGCUGUGGCUGAUCUGCUGGUGACUUUCUUUGGAAGCACUAUCAGUUUCUCGAAUAAUAUCAAUGGCUUCUUUGUGCUCGGCAAAAGGGUGUGCAAAUUUGAAGGCUUCAUGGUCUCUUUAACAGGCAUUGUGGGGCUUUGGUCCUUGGCGAUCCUGGCCUUCGAAAGGUAUAUCGUCAUCUGCAAACCCAUGGGAGAUUUCCGAUUUCACCACAAACAUGCAGUGAUGGGCUGUGCAUUCACCUGGAUUUGGUCACUUCUCUGGACAACCCCACCAAUGUUAGGCUGGAGCAGCUAUGUGCCGGAAGGUCUGAGAACCUCCUGUGGUCCCAACUGGUACACCGGAGGCAGCAACAACAACAGCUACAUCCUGACUUUAUUCAUUACCUGUUUCAUUAUUCCUCUCAGUCUGAUCCUCUUCUCCUAUACAAAUCUGCUGAUGACCCUACGAGCUGUUGCGGCGCAACAAAAAGAAUCUGAGACGACUCAGCGAGCUGAGAGGGAGGUGACACGAAUGGUGAUUGCUAUGGUGAUGGCCUUUCUCAUCUGCUGGCUGCCCUAUUCCACCUUUGCCAUGGUGAUUGCCACAAACAAAGACAUCCCCAUCCAACCAACUCUAGCAUCACUACCUUCAUACUUCUCCAAAACAGCCACAGUUUACAACCCAAUUAUCUACAUCUUCAUGAACAAACAGUUCCGGGACUGCCUGCUGAAAAUGAUGUGCUGCAAUCGCAACCCGUCAGGGAUGCAGGAAACCUCUCCUGCUAUGCUUGGUGCCCACAAAGGCAUCUCAUCAGCCUUGGAGGGAUGCGGUAAUAAGGUGACCCCAUCGUAAACAGUGCAGAUGCUUCACUUCCUGCAUGGAGGAAUGGCAGCUGCCGGCUCUGCACAUUCGUCUCAGUUUCAUUUGGCACAAACAGAAAGAGGAGCAAAGAGGCUGGCUAUUUUCUAACAGCCCAAAUAUACACCAGAAAGUAAUAAAAGAUUUCUUCUUAGAGCUCCCAACAA